AUGAAUAUCACGCUGAACACGGAGCAGCUGUCUAAGGGACGGGCUCUUGCCAACAGCUGGGAGCCCGCACAGCUGCUGAAAAUGCUUGCGAAGAACCCCCGUACCAUGAAAAACGGACCCCUUGAUUUUGAGGAGGGACAUGUGCCGGAGAUGCUCAGGUUCAAGGAGGAGGGCACGAAGGGCUUUGGAAAUUUGAGCGGUCUCCCGAACGAAAUCGUGGACACGAUUGUCAACAUAUUGGACAUGCCUAGUGCUAUAAGUCUGUCAUACGUCAACAGCACUGCGAACUUCUUUGUUCGGAAAAGCCCCGUGUCAUUUCUGAGGCAAUGGGCUCCCGGCCUGCCGAAGCUUCUCAAACAGACCCGGAUCCAGAAGCAUUGGACCAUUCGUGAGCUCAGGGACGCAAUUCGCCGUGAGAACUGCGUGGUAUGCGGUGACUUAUGUGUUCAACUCUAUCUUCCUACGAUGGAGCGUAUCUGCCAUCCCUGCAUGCACGACAACCAUGCAUACUGGUGCCUUCCCGUGGAACAGGCAGCCUUGAUUUUCGGCCUUGACCUACCUGAUGUCAUCAAUUCUCACACCAUGUACCUGCCGAGGCUGAGCAGGAAUGGCUUUGAUUUGGGAGAGUUUGGCGCCUGGGUUGUUCCUGUCAAAGUGGCGCUGACCAGAGCCCUGCAGCUGUAUGGCACCCGCAAGGCCAUUAAGCGCGCAGCGGAGGGCAUCAUGUCAGGCAUUGACGAAGCUGAAGAACAUGACAUCUCUGACGACGGUGAAUUUGUGGUCGAAAAUCAAAAUGACAUUUAUCGCGCUGCUUCCUUGUCCACCCACUCUGCCCCACUGCGUUCGCUUGGCUUAUUAGAAAGGCCUCAAAUGCAUAUUUACCAUCAUGACGUUAUCUGCCAGGUGCCUGUUGUCACUGGGAAUACACGCAAGGUUCUUCAGUUGUGCCGUGGUUGCACUGCCAUGCUCACACACACCAAGUUGAAAGACAUUCACGAGAGUCAUAUGAAGAUGAUGGGACUUGACCCCGAACUCGACAGGUUUGAGCGAGGGUUUAAAAUCUACCGUCGCGCGUUUCGUGUGCGGACUGAGGCCGAGAUGGUCAACCAUAUUCGAACCGAGUGCGUUGGGGGUUGGAUCCUGAUGUGUGAUGAGCGUCAGAAUGAGAAGGCAUAG